CCUUUUCCCUCAGCAAUUCAUCACACUUUUGUAUUCUACCGAGUAACCGAUUUCUAGCAGAGACUUUUUAGAGAGAGAGAGAGAGAGAGAUGGAGGAGAUCGACAAGGCCGUGGUGGUGAAAGCUACGGCGUCGUCAAAGCCAGCAAAUGCGAACCCUAACGCAGGGCUCGCCAAGAAGGCCUCCUCCAAAGUCAGAGAAGAGGGCGAGUUAUCUUCUUCCUCUGAAGACGCCGCCGCCGAAAAUCCCGUUUGCUCUGCUGCUCCAUCCGUCGGUACUGUCGUGCCACCUGCAGGGCCCAUUUUGGUUCGUCCGAUGAACAAAGGCACCCAAGGCAUUCAGACCGAGAACACAAUUUCUGGUAAUUAUUCUGCAAGCUCCAUUGAUAUCCAGUCCCGAACAUCUAUACAGCCAAUUCCUCACAAGAACUUUAACAAAAAACAAGUGCCACUUAAAUCUGCUACACGUGGUUGGCGUCCCCCUUUGGGACCUAACAAUGAUAAUCUUGUUAUAAGAUUUUCAGAUGAUGAUAGUGGCAGUGACUCUGAAGAGCACAGACUGGUGAAUGCUUUAGAAACUAAAGGCAACACUACUGUGGUGGAUGGAAACCGAAGGGUACCUGUUCCAUCACUAGCAAAAUCAAACAAGUUAAGGCAGACUGCCAGAAAUGAAAACAAAGUAAUGCCCAAAAAAUUGUCUUUAAGCCGCAUGUCUACUACACCAACGACUACUAUCCAGGGAGUCAAUUCCCGGGGUGCUGGACCUUCAUUGAUUGAUCAAGGAUCACGAGGUAGACAUUUUAAUACCCUCAACAAAAAUUUAGGAAGCCGAGAGCGCGGAAGUGACCAAAAUGUGGGCUUGAACAACACUAAACUUCAGGACUUGCGGCAACAGAUUGCACUUCGGGAAAGUGAAUUGAAGCACAAGUCUGCCCAGCAAAAUAAGGAAUCUUCGUCAGUUUCAUGUAGGGAUUAUAAUGCUACGAACCAAAACAAUGACACAGCUAGGAAACUUAAUGCUGCUGCUGAUUCUGUACAGUUGGAACUGAAAGAGCCAGACAAGAAACGCUUAAAAGUUAGUGGAUCUCUUAUUGCCCAGCCAAGUUCAGGUGGCCAGAGAGAGAUGCCUGCUGCAAAAUCUACUUUACCAUCAAAAGGGCCAGCAUUAGAAAGCAUUAGUCUGCAAGACUGGAAUAAGGCUGAUUGUAGCCAAAGAGAUAUUUCCUUGAGUAGAGCAGAGUCAAGUAUUGUUCAAUGGAAAAGGCAAGGUGACAAAUGUGUUACUGUUUCACUAGAAAGUAUACCCAGCAGAGCUAAAGAUGGUGCUGACAUCAAUACUGGCUGCAAUCAGUCUGACAGGAGUAGUAAGCAGGUGAAUCCUUGUGUUGUGUUAAACCAGACUACAACUCUAGCAAAUAUAACUUCCAAUACCUUGCCAAAGAAUUUAAGCAGUGUGGAGUUGAAUAAUCCAAGUAAGACCGGUGGCCAUCAACCACCUGGUUAUCUCUUCAACAAAGCAACAGCUCAGGACAAUUUAAGAGGAGGCAGUGACCAUCAUGAAGUCAUACUCAGUCAUAAGCCACUUGAGCCCUCAUUCAAGACAUGUCAGGGACCAGUAAAUAAUGGAAGCUUGCAGAAUUAUUUGGGCAAUGCAAAUGUCUCCGAAAAUAGUAACAUAAAACUACAAUCUUUAUUUGAAAUGGAGGAAUCACUGGAGAAGGAUCUGGAGGAAGCACAAGAGCACAGACACAGAUGCGAAAUUGAAGAAAGAAAUGCUCUUAAAGCUUAUCGUAAAGCUCAGAGGGCUUUGAUUGAGGCUAAUGCUAGAUGUACUGAUCUUUACCGCAGAAGGGAACACUACUCGGCCCAUUUUCGAUCAUAUAUUAUAGAGAAUUCCAGUUCAUUUUGUUCCUCGAUGCAACAUGAACAUGUUGGAGUGGGGUUGAAUUACUCGAAUAACAUAUCUGAAAAUGCGAAUCUAAUACCCACAUCAAGCCAUCAUAUGCAGCCUGAAUUUGAUGGUUCAAGUAUCCAAUGUGUCAACAAUGCUCCCUCCAAUGCAACUCAUUGGCAUGCGAGAGGACACAGUUUGGGAUCUGAACCUUGCAGUGAACCAGAUGCUAGUACAUCAGAGCCAUUGCCUCAUAGGAGCAAGAAUACUGCAGAAGGAACUUGGUCUCCAUCCAAUGAUCCAAAUCCUUCAGCAGAUGAAGAUGAAGAGACAUUUGCAUUUGAACUUGAAUCUGUUCAGCCCAACAUUGAAUACCGUAUGAAAGAGAAAAAUCUUGAAAAUGGGCAAGAUGACAUAAGUAAUGAGUCAAACAAAAAAUUUUUAGCUGAUAGCUCCCAGGAUACUUUGCUUCUUGAAGCAACACUAAGAUCCGAACUAUUUGCACGGCUAGGGACAAAAACCUUAUCACAGAAUAGUGGUUCAUGUGAUAACACAGAGCAUGCAGUGGAACGAUGGCCUAAAAAUGAUGUUGGAAGGGAAAAAACACAGAUUGGAAAUGGUACAUAUUCCAGGGCAGAGAAAUAUAAACAAUCUGAUCUUCGAGGCACUGAUAGGCAAAAAGGAAGUAUCUUUGAGACUCCUUGUGAGAUCCAGAACCAGAGCCAAACUGAAAAAAUUUCUGUGAACUCUCACUCCACUGCCGAUUCCCAGGAUUGCGUAUUAUCUACCAGACAAGAUCACCACUUGCCAACUUCUGUUUCUUCUUCUUCUUCUCUAAUUUUCAGGAGUGCAUUUGGUCAUCUGAAGGUCAUGUCACCAAUCAGUUUAAUAGAAUUGUGGACCAAAAAUCAGCUUGAAGACAGAGCUUGUGUCAACUCUGAUGAGAUUCAGGGGAGUAAUGCAAUAGCAAACACAAUUAAAGAUUUAAAUGGAAAAGAAUUUGGCUCUUAUACCUGCAGUCCUGCAGUUGAUCCAUUUUGGCCACUUUGCAUGUAUGAGCUCCGAGGUAAAUGCAACAAUGAUGAAUGCCCUUGGCAACAUUUUAGAGACCAUUCUAAUGGAAAUAUGUAUCAGAAGCAGCAUGAUGAUUCUGAUAGUGCUGAUUCUCAGCAAAUAUGUAGUCGUGCAACAGAAGGUCCCAAGUAUCUUGAUGUUAUUACUUCACCAACUUAUCUAGUUGGCUUAGAUAUGCUUAGAGCUGAUCCAUGUUCAUAUGAGUCUGUUCUAGCACGAAGGAGCAGUCAAUGGUGGCAAAAGAGUUUCAGUAUCUUCUUGGCAGUAUCAAAAAUGCUUCAAAAAGCUUUCCCUGCAGAUGGCCCAUUCUUGCAUGGCACUGGUGGUCGCAUAGAGAUUCAUGGGAAUUGGAACAGAGAAGCAUCAUAUUUCCAGAGUAGAAAUGGCGUAUUGAAUCAACUUGAACAAUCUUUGGCUGAUAAUGACCAAUCCCUGGAAAUGGCUCUGAUUAUUCUCAAUCAGGAGGUUAACAAUCUGGAGGGUGUGAAAAAGGCUCUCGAUGUGCUGUCACGAGCUCUUGAGACUGAUCCAACUUCUGUAACACUCUGGAUUUUUUAUCUGAUUAUUUACUAUAGCAAUGCAAAAUCAGUUGGGAAGGAUGACAUGUUCUCUCAUGCGGUCAAACUUAAUGAAGGAUCUUAUGAACUCUGGCUCAUUUACAUCAACAGUAGGGCACAGCUUGAUGACCGGUUGGUUGCAUAUGAUUCUGCCCUCAAAGCGCUUUGCAGCCGUGCUUCUGAUUCUGAUAGGGACGGAAUGCAUGCUAGUGCAUGCAUCUUAGACCUCUUUUUGCAGAUGAUGGGUUGUUUGUGCAUGUCUGGGAAUGUUGAGAAGGCCAUCCAGAGAAUUUAUGGGCUCUUCCCUGCUUUGACAGAUUCCGAUGAACCCCGUUCUCUGUCACUAUCAGAUAUUUUAGUAUGCUUAACACUUUCUGAUAAAUGUGUAUUCUGGGUUUGUUGUGUGUACUUAGUUAUUUACAGGAAGCUGCCUGAUGCUGUAGUACAGAGGUUUGAAUGUGAGAAAGAACUCCUCGAAAUUGAAUGGCCUUGCAUUAGUCUAAUAGAUGAUGAGAGACAGAGGGCUCUUGAGCUUGUGGAAGCAGCUGUGGAUUCUGUUGAUUCAUGCAUCUAUACAGAAUCACAAAAAAGUGAAAUUAAUCCGAGAUCAGCACAGCUUUUUGCUGUCAACCAUAUUAGGUGCAUGGUGGCACUUGACAGCUUAGAAUGCGUGAGAAACUUGUUGGAUAAAUAUAUUAAAUUGCAUCCAUCCUGCUUAGAACUUGUUCUAAUAUCAGCAUGGACACUGAAACAUGAUUUUGGAGAUCUGAGCUUUGAAGGGUUCGAGGAAGCCCUUAGUCAAUGGAGGAAGGAGGUCCCUGGAGUUCAGUGUAUCUGGAAUCAAUAUGUUGAAUAUGCCCUCCAGAAUGGAAGAUUGGAUGUUGCAAAGGGACUUUUGGUCCAUUGGUUUCACUCUGUUUGGAAAGUUCAAUAUCUUCAAAAUGGAUUAGUGGAGCCCAUGGAUGGUGGUAAUUCAUGCCACUCACUAGCAUUAGCUUCAAAAUCAAGUCCAGAAACAUCGAAUUUCAAUCUUAACCAGAUAGAUUUAAUGUUUGGUUAUCUCAAUCUUUCUCUCCAUAAACUAUUGCAGAAUGAUCACAUUGAAGCUCGCUCAGCCAUUGACAAGGCGAUGAAGGCUGCUACUCCUGAAUAUUUUAAGCAUUGCUUGAGAGAGCAUGCCACUUUUUUGCUCACCAAUGAAUCACUAUCAAAGGAGGAUCCUCCUAUCAUGGGGAUCAAGAAUGUUUUGGAGGGUUAUCUGGAUGAUGCCUAUUCUUUCCUCAUCUCUGAGCCAUUAUCAAGAAAAUUCAUUAGCGACAUCAAGAAAUCAAGAGUUCAGCAGCUAGUCAGUAACAUUUUCAGUCCAGUUUCAUUUGAUUUUUCUCUGGUAAACUCGAUCCUUGAAGUGUGGUAUGGCCCCUCUCUUUUACCCCAAAAGUUUAGUGACUCGAAGAAUUUGGUGGAUUUUGUUGAAUCCAUCUUGGAGAUACUGCCGUCCAACUACCCGUUAGCAAUUUCUAUGUGUAAGCUGUUAAGCAGAGAAUACAACUCGACCAAUGUUACUUGUGCCAGUGUUUUGUUCUGGGGAAGCUCAACCUUGGUCAGUGCAAUCUUUCAUGCUAUCCCAAUACCACCAGAGUAUGUUUGGGUAGAAGCUGCAGGUAUUUUGGGCAAUCUUGCUGGCAUUGAGGCCAUUUGUGAGAGGUUUUAUAAGCGAGCCUUUUCAGUAUAUCCAUUCUCUGUCAAGUUGUGGAAAUCGUAUUAUAACCUAUCUAAGGCCAUAGGAAAUACAAGCACUGUUGUGGAAGCAGCAAAAGAAAAGGGUAUUGAACUUGAUGAACAUCAAUUUUAGAUAUAGAAUAGUUAGGAUUUCAGGUUAGCAACCCAGCAUUU